UCCUGGCGGAUUCGUUUCGUUACUUUUUUCUAGAUAAAGCCAACAAAACGAGGCAGAUAACAAUGUCGUUGACUGCUUCGUCUGAUUAUUUCGCUGCCGAGUGUCUGGUAUCGAUAUCCAGCGGUCCUGUCUUGCACAGACCCACCCCGGUCGCCCCCGCCAGCCAGCCGACCACCGUGGGCCUGCUCCCCGGGGAGCCCGACGUUUCGAACGAGGACAGGGAAGUGCGGGAGACUCUGAGGCUGGAGGGGGCCAACAUGAUGGCGGUGGCCGGGAUCCUCACCGACCUGCACGUCAAGUUCCGCCCCAUGUCGGCCUACUCUGAGAGCAGCAACUCCUCGUGUGGAGGGGAGAGCGGCUACACCACGUUGUCGGACCCGACCACCCCUACCAUGACCCCCUCCGCCACCCCGGUGCCCGGACAGCAGCUGAGGGGGGGAGUAGGCGUGGGGGCCCCGCGGUCCCCAGUGAAGCGACACCAGUGCACUUUUGAAGGAUGCGACAGAGUUUACGGUAAAUCCUCCCACCUGAAGGCACACAUCCGGACACACACAGGUGAGCGGCCCUUCCCCUGCACCUGGCCCGACUGCGAGAAGAAGUUUGCCCGCUCUGACGAGCUCGCCCGCCACACCCGCACCCACACCGGGGAGAAGCGCUUCCUGUGCCCCCUCUGCGAUAAGCGCUUCAUGCGCAGCGACCACCUGAUCAAGCACGCCCGCCGCCACCCUUACUUCCAGCCCUCCAUGUUGGGACGCAACAAGGGCGCAUCCCCCUCUCCCAACCCGGCCGCGUACCAUUAGGGUGGUUUGGGUUGUGGGGGGGCGUUCUACAGGAGCACAGAAGGUCGGGCGGUUUCAAGUUAACCAGCUACAAUCAGUCCACUGGUUAGGGUUAAGCAUUUUUGUGUUGUACUCAAAAACAUACACACAUACACAGAACUUGAAAGUGAGGGGGAGCAGCUUCAUCCCUCUGUCUACAAACGAGUCAUGUGACCACUAUCCCCUAAUGUAACUAGGGUUGGGUACAGAGAAACGCUCAAAAUCUUUAAGAAAUGGGUUUUUGUAAGAAAUGUGCUUUUUGAUUCCACUUAUCGUCUCCUGAAAGUUUGUUUACAUUUUGGGCUAGCUUUCAAAACGGCUUCACUAAAGACAGUCACGAUGCAAUGACCUCUAAUCUCUGCAUGAACAUAAAACAACAUGCAAGGGAACAUGCUUUUUCAUGGCAUGUAUCGUGAAAUUGAAUGACAUAUUUUUAGCGUUAAAAGACCAGAUGGGGAUGUUUUGGGCUAUUCUACUCAAAAGUAUUACAGGGCAGAUCAAAGAACUUCAUCACAUUGAUGCAAAACAUCUUUAAAAAAAAGAAGCCAUAAUGCAGUCCUGCUCACAUUGCCUAGUAUAAUUAAUUAGGCUUUAAUUUCUCAGAAAGCUAAUUAAAAAAACAUUUAAAAUGGCACCGCUUUUCUGCUUUUUAACCAAAAACCAUCACUAAAUAAUUUGUCCUUCAUAACAUGUUUAAGGCAGAGAUUAUGAAAAGAAACAUAUUGUUUGUUUCUUUUCCUAACUCAGGAUUCGAUGAGAACGGGAACAUUAAGCAGAUUUAAAAUCGAGAAAAUAAACCCAACCCUAUCAAUAACACGUACACAAAUGCAGGGAUUUUUCACAUUUUCUCAAAAAAAUCUGCCAAAACUCCUGUUUUACUUGUGGUUAAUUUCUAGAUUGUUGUUGUGCUUUCAGUACCAUUUAUUUACCAUGAGUAGCACAAGAUUGUGAUGUUAGGUAGCGAGGCAUUGACUAAACGCUUUUUAUUUUUAGCUUAGCUGAUUCCAUAUAAAAGUGUUAGUGGUGACACAUUCCUUAAUUUUUCUUGCAUCGGUAACCGUCAUUGAGGCCAUUCUGUAAUGCCUUCUUUAUAUCCAAUUUAACUAUAGAUCAAAUAUUGAUUUUUCCCAGAUCGUGGAUUAAACUUCACUAGAGGAGCGGUUUGCACACCAUCCUUGACUCUAGAUCAGUUAUCACAAAUGAAAUGCUGACACGUAAUACACUGUAGUAUUAUGUCCUAUACUGAUGCAAAUGUCUAUAAGCUUUAAGCUUUUAAUGUAGAUAAAUGGUAAUGCUACUAGCAGCAGAAUUAAUACAUGUGAAGAAUUGUAGUCCUUAUAUUAGGGGUAACGGUAUACUCUUGAUAGGAUGGCAUUGCCUGUGAGUGUUGGUGUGUAUGUGUUUUUUAUUUACAUUUUUGUUAGCGGCAGAACUAAGAAAAAGUGUGUAUGCAUCGAUAUCAGAAUGACAUAAAAGUGUCAGGGGUGUGGAGCCAGAACACAUUCAGGUUCAGGUGUGCCAGGUCACAACUAUUGAGUGGUGCAGAGAUGUAUUUUUGUAGGCCAACCCGGAAGUGAAAAAGCAAUGGGAUUUUCCUAUUGGUUUUCAAAAUAUUGCAGAAAAUGAGAUCUCUGGCCAACACAUGUUUAUGAUACUUACACAUUUGGUUCAGCAGGAUUAUAUCCACAUAUUACACGUAAAUGUAAUCGCCAGAAGUAAAAAGCUAACGUUAAGCCAAUACAUGACAAUGCAUCACCGCUGCUAAGCUAGGGCGGCUAAUGUUCAGCGUGAUGACAUUGAGUAGUCUCAUUAAGCCACUUGUUAGCAACUGCUGUUUACAUGACACAAAAAAGCUUUGGACAUUCACCAGUGGGGUAUUUACUGACAUAUUUUAAGUUUGUGAUAACCAUAGAAUUUAUUUCAGGCAUCUAACUAAAAACAGCUUCAAAAAAACAUUGGCUUCGAGACGAGAGAAGACCAAUUGGUAAUAUGCUAAUUCAUUUCCGGGAGUUGGACUCACUCCAGCACCACACUAUACCAUUUGGCCUUUAUUGAUUUACACUCAUUUUGACUUGUCAAAACAAAUAAAAGCACAGGUGCAACCAAUAUAAUCAAGAAUGGCAGUCGGGGUGACCUCUGCCAAGGCCAAUGGUGCAUUCACAUGCUUCUUGGGGGUACCAUUAGUUGAGUCUGACACUUUUCUUGUUGAAUUCGUUGUGUUAAGCUUUACGGUGUACGGUGGAAACGAGCGUUUCUCAAUCUCAAAUUGUUAAUGAUUCUAAAACAUAACUUUUGGAUCAGCCCCCAAAACAUGUAAUGGGUUUUUGGCCUAUUCUAGCUACACCCUUCCACCACGUUCAAUGAAACUCGCCUACUAGUUUGUCCUUAUUCCCGCUGACAGAAAAACUGAUUUGAAAACCUUCUUGGUAGAAGUAGCUCAGUAUAAGCAAAUGGUGGCUCUAUUCCAUAUUGGUGUGUCUUUGAACCAGCCAACCUCUGUUAACGGGAUGCAGCCAUUCCACAAUGUUAUUCGUUACACCUGUUUUUCACAAGUCAAAAUGUCCACUGUGAUAAAAAAAAAAAAUAAAAAAAAUGUUCAGUGAAUUUAAGUGAACCAGCACCUAAAUAUUCCUAUAUGCCAAAAAAGGAAGUCAACAAUCCUUGUGUUUCAGGAAUAAUAACAUUCAUGAGCAAGCCAUCAAAUAAUCAAAUCUAUCAGAGUACACACAAUAUCCAGGUCUGAGUAAAGAGGGUGAAGCUUUUCUUUUUGUUUUCACACUGUCUGUCCAGCUCAUGGACAUAUUCCUUUUGAUCUCAGUGAACAACACUUAAAGCCUUAAACUAUGUCAUAACUACUUUGCACCAUGUUUACAGUCGAAUCAUUGUACAGGUAUAUGUAUGCCCUCAUCACAGAUACUCGUUAUGCAAUAUGGCACUUUUUUCUUACAGGUGUAUUUGGGCUGAAUUGUGUCAUGGCUUGCACUGUUGCUAUGCUUCUACAAGCAAGCACUGUGGGACCAUGCUCAUGUGUUGAUAACCAAUGGUUUGUAAAACUGCCUUUUUGUCCAGGUCUUUAGAAAAAAAACGUGAUGCAAGAAGUGGUUUCUAUUUAGUUUUUCGUUCUUUUGUAAUGUUUGCUUUAGUCAUCGUGGCCAUCUCUUGUUGUGGAUUUUUUUUUUUUCUAUAUCUCACACCCUUCAUUUGUGCUUCCUGAUCUGUCUUCCGCGUUCACACGUCAAACCAUCUCACUGUUGAUCUCAUGGGAACAUUUCGUACACAUUCCUCCUCCAGAGGUUUGAUCUGUUGAUAGUUUUUGGUUGCUGCUGGCAGUAACCACGAACAUACGGACUGUUUUAACAAAGGAACACACCAUAUACUCGUUUUUUAAAGCCUUCAAAAUGGAAAUAUGAGCUUCCAUCACCCCUCACAGAUGGGAGCGUCUUCUCACAAAGCUAUAUACCACAUACAUACCUCACAGAUACUCUUUUUCUUUACAAAAUCCAUCCAUCCUGUCUUUCAGAAAUUCCUUUUAAAGCCUUGGAUUUCAGAAGUUUAAUCAGCUAGAUGGUCUGCUAUGUACCCUAUGUCCUUACCUAUGGUGGCCAACAGUUCCUAAAACGAUGCAAACUUAAAAACACAAAAGUGCCAAAACACAUGCAAAUGAAGAAACCCCUUCAAAAACUUGACAGCACGUGCAGCAUUUAGAAAAUAUUUACUAAAAGUGCUUGAAACAAAAUGCUGCAAGAAGUUAAAACAUAACAGAAAUGGGAACACUAAAUAGUGAUGCACACAGGUGGGACCACAGCUCUUGUUGUCGGUCACGCAUUAUGCAGUUGGCCAAAAGUCACUGGAAACGUACCUUUUUAAAUUCAAGUUUUAUUGGCCUAUUUUAACAAUGUGAUCACAUGAUUCCUUCCGAUAUGAUUGCAGAUCCGCUGCAAGCUAGCUAGCAUGCUUACAAAAUAUUUUCAAAUUUGACUAACUCAGCGAGUGUGACGGUUGGCAACUUGAAAUAUCGCCGAACGUCAUCAAGCACUUUUUUGUGUCCCUGCUUUCUUUGUGUUUUGAGCUUCUUGCAGCAAGUGAACCCUGCCCAUGUUUUAUGUAGGAGAAGAUGUUUUUCUUCCUUUGCAUAUGUUUUGGCAUAUUAGUGUUAUAUUUGAAAAUGAGGCACGUUUAUCCUAAUGCAGCAUUUGCACCUGUUGGCCACCGUACUUAUGUCUUUAUAUGCAACAUCACUACUACCUGUGCAGCAGAAUUUCCUUUUUCCUGCCUCAAUUUCUGUUGUUAAUGGACAGUAGCAAAAAUGAAUCUCUGGGAUAAAUCCAGCCCCUGGUUGUCUAGGGAAAAAACUCUUAAAGGGGUGUUUAGUAAGUAAAGAAAGAUACAUGUUGACUUCAAUGCAGAAUUUAAUUAAAAGAGCGCGGUCCAAAUCUAUAUGUUCAUAUCGCUGAAUGUGGCUUGAUGACAGAUGAACGUUUGAGUUGAAUUUUUGCGUAUAACGACAAAUUCCUCGUCACCACACUAAUUCAGAUAUGCACAUUGUACAGAAAUGGAUGUUUUUUUAAAUUGAUGCCUAAUUUUUACAUAAAUGUAAUUUUUUAAUAAUCCUCUUAUCAAAGCUUUAGUUAAGGGGGAACUGUGGAACUAAAUAAUUGCUGAAACAAGCUGUUUUGAUAUUUAUAUUCUCAGGUGUCUUCAAUUUUGAGCAUUGGACCUUCAAUAUUUCCUGUGCAACACCUAAGUACAAGCAUGUUUUUUUUCUUUUGUUAUGCUGAUUAAUUUAUUCCAAAAAAAAGAAAAUGUAUAAUUUGUGUGAUUUAAUUAUUCUUUUCAUAACACAUUUUGUGAUAUGGAACAAAACUAAUAUUAAGUGGUUCCAUUGUUUGCUUGACAUGAAAAUACCAGUGCUUUUUUAAGAAUUAAAAUCCUUAAGUUGAA